CUUUUUCAUGUUUUUAUUAAGCUCAAAUAUAAACACCAAAACUAGCUAACCGAGCAGAAGAUAAUCAGAAAAAUUAAGAAAUAGAAAGAUAUGUUGCAAUCAAGAUUAAGAGCAGCAAUAAUUAGCAAGACUAGAUUAGGGACAAAUUGGGGAUUUAUUACAAAAAGAUUAUUUUGCGAAGAAAAUAGUGCAGCAACUCAAGGAGUUGCUGAAACUCAAGGCUAUGCUCCUCUUCCAACUGGUCUUCCUGCUGAUCCUGCCCUUCAUUCUAGUGAUCCUCCUCAGGGGGAAGAAUCAGACGAAGAGUUAAAAGCAACAUUGGCGGACGUUUCGCCCCGAACAACAGCCGAUAAACCGGAUCCACUACUCCAACCAAAGGCACCCGUUUCUUCCUCACCAAAUAUAGGACAUACAGGGGUGGGCGGACUACCAGAGCCAAACACUCAACAAAGGCGUCAAUUGUCAAACCGUCCGGAUCAAUCAGAUGGGGUGGAAGCCCAAAAGGCACAGAAAAGAGCACAAGAGGAGGACAACAAAGAGUACUUCAAACACCACAAGGCAUCUCCUUUAUCAGAGAUAGAGUUUGCGGAUACGAGAAAGCCCGUAACGCAGGCCACGGAUAGUCCUACGUCGUAUUAUGGAAAAGAUUCGGACUUGAUCCUGUGGAAGCCGGAGCAGCUUGAUACGGCCGAGGAUUCUUUGCUACGAGCUGUAGAGAUAUGGCAGUGGAAUAAGAUGAGGGGUGAUCCUGAUUCUCCACAUGGUAGAAUCCUUAGGGAACUUCGCGGUGAAUAUUGGUGAAAGCUAAACAAUGGGAAAAGGAAGAUAAAAUAAUCAUGAUACGUUCGAGAAAUGAUCUUAAAUUGUUAUCUUUGUCUGUUUUUGUAUGGUUUUUUUCAUCCGAAUGUUGCAUGUAAAUAUAUAGUAUUUCCUCUGUUUUUUCAAUUCGUUUA